AUGCUCGUCGCCAGCCUGGCGGCACUGGCCCUGGCACUGCGCCUGACCCGGGCAGUGCGGGGCGCGCCCUGCGAGCCCGUGCGCAUCCCCAUGUGCCGGUCCAUGCCCUGGAACCUGACCCGCAUGCCCAACCACCUGCACCACAGCACCCAGGAGAACGCCGUGCUGGCCAUCGAGCAGUACGAGGAGCUGGUGGACGCCAACUGCAGCUCGGUACUGCGCUUCUUUCUGUGCGCCAUGUACGCGCCCAUCUGCGCCCUGGAGUUCCUGCACGACCCCAUCCGGCCGUGCAAAGCCCUAUGCCAGCGCGCCCGAGACGACUGCGAGCCCCUCAUGCGCCUCUACAACCACAGCUGGCCCGAGAGCCUGGUCUGCGACGACCUGCCGGUCUACGACCGCGGCGUGUGCAUCUCCCCCGAGGCCAUAGUCACAGAGCUGCCAGAAGAUGCAAAGUGGAUAGACAUGACCUCAGACAUGAUGGUACAGGAGAGACCUCUUGAUACCGACUGCAAACGCCUAAGCCCUGACCGGUGUAAAUGUAAAAAGGUGAAGCCCACCGUCGCGACCUACAUGAGCAAGAACUACAGUUAUGUGAUUCAUGCCAAAAUAAAAGCAGUACAAAGAAGUGGCUGCCACGAAGUCACCACGGUGGUGGACGUAAAGGAGAUUUUCAAGUCUUUGUCGCCCAUUCCCCGAACUCAGGUGCCUCUUGUGACUAACUCUUCCUGCCAGUGUCCACAUAUCCUGCCCCACCAAGACGUUCUCAUCAUGUGCUAUGAAUGGCGUUCAAGAAUGAUGCUUCUUGAGAAUUGCCUGGUGGAAAAAUGGAGAGACCAGCUGGGAAAAAGGUUUAUACAGUGGGAAGAGAGGCUACAAGAGCAGCUUCGAACAACGCAGAAGCAGCCUGCUGGGCGCACCAGCCGCAGUGGCCCUCCCAAGCCCAAGGGAAAGUCCCAGGGUCCCCGGCCUGGGGGCCCUCAAAAGAACAUCAAAGCCAGGAGUGCCCCCAAGCGACCAAAACCCCAGAGGGUGUGAGCGGACAGUUUCCCCAUCAAAGACUUUCAGGCAUGAUGGGUCCCAAGCAUCCUCGUGCCCAAGACCAUGCACCCACCACCCUGCAAAUGUGGCAUGGCCUCUGUCCUCUGCAGAUUGUGUUUCCUAGCACUUUACUAUCCAAGGUUUGCUUUCUCAUGCUUAGCCACUGCAAGUCAUAGCUCCGGGUUGGCACCUGCAUUGGUGUUUGAGGAGGAUUUGAGCAGAAAGGCAAAGCUUCUCAUCACCAAAGCAGCCACAUAAAUAUUCUAUCAGUUAGCAUGUGAUGGCUGAGACUGCAGCAGAAGGGCAUUCCUAUUGCUGGUGAGGAUGGAGAGUGCAUAGUGGAAGGACAUUCCAGUCCCUGGUGAGGGCUCCAUAUUCGUGUGGUAAAAAUGCCUCAUAUGCCAAACCCUUUAGUUUGUAAAAUGUAUCUUACUUCAGGCUGCCUUCUACAGUUAGGAUUUUAACUGUAGUCUGUAAACAUGACUGAUGACUGCUUGUUUGCAAAAGAAGCAAGAAAUAGGAAGGAAUGAUGCAAUAUUUCAAAGAGCUCUAUAAGGUGUGGUGGGUUAUUACUGUUUUCAAUGUGUAAUGAAAUUGUCCCACAAUUUUAAGAAUCACAGCAUUUCAGAGUGUAAAGAAUGUCAGCUGCCAUCUCAUCAAACCGAUAUUCGAAAAUCUCACCAUAACAUUCCCAAAAGGGGGUCAUCUAGCCUGAAGAUCUCCAAUGAGGUGGGACCCCUCCCCCCACCUCCUGAAGCAACCCAGCCUACGUUGGAAAAACUCCAAGUGUUAGAAAUGUUUUAACUAUUCAAAGUAAGGUGUGAUAGUUUGUUAGGGAUAAGCAACCUGGCUUUCGAAUCUAAUUUUGGCCAAAAAACUCAGAGAGGAGGCUGGUGACUCAUCUUGAGGCAUCAGCAGGGAUGUCUUGGAGUGAAAUUCCACCUGAAGUGUUUGCUGCCUCUGAGGCCCAGGGCCGGGGAUCUGUGCAGGGGUAGGGAAGACCCAAGGAAGUAAAUUCAAUUAAACCAAUGUUUAUUACA